GUAAGGAAGAAAGAAUUUGUCUCCCUUGGUGAGACUUUUUCUUUGCACAUUUCUGAAUUAAUAAUUUGUCAGUUCAUUCAAAAGGGUUUCUCCGUGUUUAUUUAGAGAAAUAAGCAUUUGGUUUCUGUUGAGAGAAGAUGAAGUUUGGGAAGGAAUUCGCAGCACAGUUGGUGCAAGAAUGGCAAGAUGCAUACAUGGACUACAAUUAUCUGAAAACAAUCUUGAAAGAUAUAUUGCGGUUCAAACAACAGCAGUACACACCAUCUCCGAUGGCGGCGGCGACGAAAGGGUCAUUGAAGAGAAGGGUGUCAUUGUAUAGAGCCUUUAGUGGGCUAACAAGCAAGUACAGAAACUCUCCAAGGAAGAGUGAAGAUGAAGCAAUACUGGUGAGUUCAGUACAAGAAGAGGGAUCAGAAGAUGGGAAGUAUCAGACUAUGUUUCUCAUGUCAUCUGAUGAAGGAGGAGAGCACGAGCUUGUGUUCUUCAGGAGGCUUGAUGAUGAGUUCAAUAAAGUGGUUCAUUUUUAUAAGAAGAAAGUGGAGGAAGUGAUGGUAGAGGCAGAGGAAUUGAGUAAACAAAUGAAUGCCUUGAUUGCUCUGAGGAUCAAGAUUGAAAAUCCAAUGGUUGGUGGGGCUAACAUGCUCAGUCUUGCCUCUUCUGCAUCCUCAAUUCAUCCCAUAAAUGGCAGAACACCGGGUAAAGAGAAUUCGCAUAUGGAUACGAUUCAAGAAGUUGAGAUGAGCAGUGAAGGACAGUCAGAGAGUGAAAGGGGAGGAAGCAGUGGAAGAAAGGCUGAUAUGGAAGGCUUUAGACCAGCUUCAUUAGAAGUGUUGGAUCAUGUACAGAUCAAUAUCGAGCCUGAAACUCCGGUAUCAACGCUAAAAGGUGUCCUCAAGAGUUCGAAAUCAGACAGGUCAUUCAGCAAGCGUGAGCUACGGAAAGCAGAACAACUAAUGACACAGGCUUUUGCUGAGUUCUACCAAAAGCUUAGACUUUUGAAAAGCUACUGCUUUUUGAAUCAACUGGCAUUCUCCAAGAUCAUGAAGAAGUAUGACAAGAUCACUUCCAGAAAUGCAUCAAAGACUUACUUAGAGAUGGUGGAUAAUUCUUAUCUUGGAAGUUCUGAUGAGGUUACUAAGCUCAUGGAAAGGGUGGAAGCUACUUUUGUUAAGCACUUUGCAAAUGGAAAUCACAGCAAAGGAAUGGACACAUUAAGACCAAAAGCCAAGAGGGAGAGGCAUACCAUUACAUUUUUCUUAGGUACCUUCUUUGGCUGCUCCAUUGCACUUGUAGUUGGCAUUUUUGUGGCACUCCAUGCUCGAGAUGUUCUGAAUAAUCCAGGGCGCGCUAAAUAUAUGGAUAACAUUUUUCCACUUUACAGCCUUUUCGGAUACAUUUUCCUGCAUAUGCUCAUGUAUGCUGGAAACAUAUACUUUUGGAAGCGUUUUCGAGUAAAUUAUUCAUUCAUACUAGGCUUCAAGCAAGGAACUGAAUUGGGUUUCAGAGAAGUCCUUCUAGUUAGUUCAGGUCUUGCUGUACUUACAUUUGGUGGGGUCUUAUCAAAUUUGGAUAUGGAGAUGGAUCCAAGAACACAAAGCUUCACAGUUAUCACUGAGCUCGUCCCUUUGGCUCUACUUCUUCUUGUGAUUCUAAUAACAUUCUGUCCUUUCAAUAUCAUAUACCGUUCUAGCCGGUUUUUCCUCAUCCGAUGUACAGUUCACUGUAUUUUUGCACCUCUUUACAAGGUUAACCUCCCAGAUUUCUUCUUGGCAGAUCAGCUUACUAGCCAGGUGCAAGCUUUUAGAAGUUUGGAAUUCUAUAUUUGCUACUAUGGAUGGGGGGACUUCAAAAAGAGGGAAAAUUCCUGUAGAACAAGUGAUGUUUUUAACACUUUUUACUUAGUUGUAGCAAUCAUUCCAUAUUGGAUUCGGUUCCUUCAGGUACUCAAUGUUGCAUCGAAAUUUUUAUGUUGUAAUUUGCAACACAAAACAAUGAUUCUUACAACAGUUUUGAUGUUUCAGUGCCUUAGACAUUUAUUUGAAGAGAAAGAUAUAAUGCAUGGAGCUAAUGGAAUAAAAUACUUCUCAAUCAUAGUUGCGGUUGCAACAAGGACAAUUUUUAAGUUAGACUUCUUAAGGAUGGGACAAACUUUGAAGCUUGCAGCUAUAGUCACUUCAGUAGUUGCUACAGUUGGUGCUACGUAUUGGGAUAUUGUCCUAGAUUGGGGUCUUUUGCGUCGAAAUUCGAGAAAUCCUUGGUUGAGAGACAAGCUUCUUGUACCAAACAGAAGUGUUUACUUCAUAGCCAUUGUGUUGAACAUUUUACUGAGACUUGCUUGGAUGCAGACAGUGUUAGGCUUUACAGAAGCUCCGUCCCUGCAUAGAACAGCCUUGACUGCAAUAGUUGCAAGCUUGGAGAUUAUACGGCGUGGAAUCUGGAAUUUCUUCAGGUUGGAGAAUGAGCACUUAUACAAUGUGGGGAAGUAUCGCGCUUUCAAGUCAGUACCAUUACCUUUCAACUAUGAUGACAAUGAAGACAAGGAUGUAUAAACAUGAACGGCUCAGAAGAGAGAUGAAGUUCAAAUUCUUUCUGCAGAUAUAGUUUCUGUAUUUGUUAUUCUUUAAAUCAUUGAGGGAAGUGAGUUGUGGUGUAGAGUUGCAAGAAACAGAAAUGGAAUGGCAUGCUUGUACACAAAAACAAAAAUACAUCAUAGAAGGAUUUUGAUCACACAACGCUAUUACGAAAUUUUUGAUAUACAACAAUAUUCUUC